CAUAACGGGGUUACGGCUCGGCGUCGCUGAGCACGGGGCGUGAACGCUUAUCUGGAGCGAGCGGCGGCCGCUUUGCAUUGUGGGUGCCGGUGCUCAGGAUACACUCACAUCUCCAGGUCGGCCCUGUUGCGAGGAGAGCGGAUUGUACACAGCUCAGUAGCUGGUGAUCUGUGAAACCUAACACAGCAGCCAUGUCAUCGACAUCCCAGAAACACAAAGAUUUCGUGGCGGAGCCCAUGGGUGAGAAGUCCGUCAUGGCUCUUGCGGGCAUCGGCGACGUCCUUGGCAAAAGACUCGAGGAAAAAGGCUUCGACAAGGCAUAUGUUGUCCUUGGGCAGUUUCUGGUGCUAAAGAAAGACGAGGAGCUUUUCCGUGACUGGCUGAAAGACACUUGCGGGGCAAAUGCCAAACAGCAGGGUGACUGCUACGGCUGUCUGCGCGAAUGGUGUGACUCCUUCCUAUAAAGCGUCCGGUCCCUUUCUUUGUUUUGGUUUCUACUUUUGAAGUCCCAAAUGUACAUUACCUCUUCAGUGAUAUUGAAUCAACACAGCAACACCAUAUAUAAACUGACACUGUACACAGUAAUAGGGGUUAAUAAAAAUUAGCUCGUUUUGAAGUAUAUCUAAAAUUGUUACUGUAAAAACUAUGAAGUCCUUAGAGCCAAAAAUCCAUCCAGAACAGAAUUUACACUUUCUAGUCUCUUGAUCUUGGAAGGUUUGUCCAGUUAAACCUUCUCCAAGAUCACUGGAUCGGAUUUUACUUUUAUGGUUUUUUCAUUGAUAUAGUAAUUCACGGGGCAUAUUGCGAUGCUCGCUAAUGCCAGCUUGUUGUAAAAGUAAACAUUUUAGCCUCACAGAAACAAUUCAAUUUCCUUUUUUUUUUCCCAAAAUAAUUUCAAAUUUAAGUUCGCCACACAUUUCUUUCUGUGAAAGGUGAUGAUUUAUCAGUACAAUCCAUAAGAAAAUGUUAAAUAUUUCUACUCAUCCUCAAUUUUUGGACUGUUUGCCACUGUUUGCCUCUUUCAUUUAAAGCCCAAGGAAGGUGAUGUAAAAGGUCAUUUUCAUAUCCCACCGUAAUAUCAAAGGCAAUGCUGUAGUGACAAAAAUCCACAGACUAUAUUUAAACCUUGGAUCACCUGUCAGAAAUUUUAAAUGGCUUUUAUAGGGUGUGAUAUAAUGUAUGUAAACAAUAUCAGAGCAGGUGCUGAGACUGGUCUGCCAAGAAAACUGUUUUGUAAACGUUUGGAGAUGUGAAGAGUAAACUUGAAUAUUUCUACAGAAGAACAAGCAACAUGGCCAAAGUGGUAAUUUUGCAGGCUGUUUGAAAAUGAAUGCAAGGGUGUAAAAAUAAAGAUGCGGAUGCAGCAAAUUCAAACACUGCCUAAAAUGUGUCAGUGAUGCUGAUGAGUGUAGGCUGUACGCCCAAAGGAUGAUCUUUGCAACUGUAUGUCCAGCAAAAUAACAAGAUAUUACCACCAGCUUUGCCCAACAGAGGAUUAAAAACUGUCAUUUUGAACAGCCAAAGUGCAGAGGGUCACUACAGAAGUUUGUUACAGUGAAUCGGCUGAAGAUGCCCAUUUAGAUGUACUUAAAAUGGCUGCCACAAGACUUGUUUUUAAUGUAAGGGAAUGUAUUUUGUUGUAUGACUUAACUUUACUGCAUAUAAAUCAGUGCUCGUUCCCAUUACACUAUCAGUAUGCUGCGGCAGCCAUCCUAAGUGUACCAGAGACCAUGAUGCAUCAGUGUUUGUUCUUUUUGUCUGUUAGAUGGCUAAAUCAGACUAUUUGUUUAUUUUCCAGAGAUGAUAAUUCUGGGAUUAACUUAAGCAGGUCCCUGUCAGUCUCGCCCUGUGAAUCAAAAACCCACAGACAGGACAACCAAUCUUAUACUGGACUUCACUCAGUGCAGAAAUAAUAUAAGCUAUCUGUCUUGUAGCCUACAUCAAACGCUUGGGGGAAAAAAAUCAGUUUCCAUUGGCUUUAAAUGAAAAUAGUUUACCAUCUUAUUAUAUAUAUAUAUAUAUAUAUAUAUAUAUAUAUAUAUAUAUAUAUAUAUAUAUAUAUAUAUAUAUAUAUAUAUAUUGAAGACCAACAAGCCUAAUUUAGUCAAGUGUCGAUACAUUUGCUGAUUUUAAUCUGCAGUAGCUUGAUGUUGUCUUUUUAUAUUUUCUACAUGUGAGAUGCCUUAAUGCAUGUUGUUACAUUUUAGUGAAUCCAAUGAACCUUGAGUUGUUGAGUAGUGCAUGCAGACGUCCAUGCUGCUUACCCAGUGUCACAUCCUCCUCCACGCAUAAUUUGAUGCUUGCACCCACAAAACA